CGGACAGUAAAUUCCAAGUUAAACGGGCUCAGAUAGAAGCGGCUGAAUGGAAAUACAAGAAUGGUUACAACAUGUCAGUGGAACAGCUGAGUAGAAGAAUGGCUGAUCUCAAUCAAUAUUACACUCAGAAUGCUGAAUUACGUUCAUUGGGCUGUGUUAUGUUGCUGAUCUCAUAUGAUGAUGAGGAGGGACCUCAAAUAUUUCGCGUAGAUCCAGCUGGUUAUUAUCGAGGAAUGCGUGGUGUUGGCGUUGGUGUAAAACAGCAACCUGCAAAUAGUUUUCUGGAAAAAAAGCUCAAGAAAAAGACUGAUUAUGAUUACGACGGUACAGUACAG